AUGGCGACCGUAGGUUUUCAGAAGGCUGCUGUUAUCAAAUCAUUUAAUCUAUCAUCACUCCAUAAAUUACCCAGUCACAUGCAAGCAUGGCAAUGUCUACGUUUUCUUGAUCCAUCUUCGAGAGACGUUACUCAAGAACUGCACCUCACGACAACUCGUCGAUUGCCCACCUUAACUCGCCCAGAUCACGUAUUGGUCAAAGUCGAGUGGGCUUCCAUAAAUCCGAUCGAUCUGAUGAAUUUGUACGGAUAUGGGUCCACUAUUAGCUGCGAUAGUUCUCAGUUUCCUUGGACUCCAGGCAGGGAUUUCACCGGGACGAUAGUCAGAUCCUACACUCGCGUGGUACCGGGACAACAGAUAGUCGGUGUUACCUGGCCCUUCCUGAGUAGAUUUGCCCAAUUCGUGGUUUGUCCGGCUGCGUAUACUGCGGAACUCCCUCCGAAUGUAAAUUCAGAACAGGCAGCGGCUAUCGGUUACUCAGGCUUAACUGCUUGGUCGGCCUUGGUAACUGCACCCAUGGUUCUGGUGACCGGAGCCACAGGCGGAGUUGGUCUCGUUGCGGCUCAGUUGGCCAAGUUGUCCGGUGCCUGCGUUCAUGUUACAUGUCCUUCUGAUAAGAGGGCUAUUGAUAUGAUGAGGCAGCUCGAGGUGGACGAUGUGAGUUUCACUGCUUUCGUUCACUUCCUGGCCCCUGAGUGCUACGCCUGUGUCAUGAACAAUAGUGUCCUUGCAUUUGACGAACUUCUGUGUAUAGAUAUUUUCCCUGAGUGUUGUAGACAAAUUAUCCCUUUAGUCUUCUUGGGUUUUUAUUUCCUCCUUUCGCGAACAAAACGAAUAGCCGAACCACAUCAACUAAAAGUGGUGCUCGAAGGUGCACCAUUAUUGUCUAUCCGUAAUGAUUAUCACUAUGUUUUUGUCACAGUGCCUAAAACGACAGUUAAUAUUGCAUCCGCAGGUUUUUACUUUCCUCCAGGUUUGAGGUUCGAACUCAGCCGUCGGAUUUAUCUUAUCAGGUGUAUGAUAUUAGCGGACUCGCGUGCAUGA